AUGAUUCUAGUGUCUAUUCUCACAAUUAUUACUUACGUCUGCUCGUCAAUUGUCAAGGCGGACGUCAACUCAGGGUGUCCUUCAUGGGGAUGUCUCCCGUCUGGCAGCUUUUCCUUGAGCUCGGGGGUUCCCCCAGCCAACGGGACUGUGAAAUGGUCAACGGAGAUUUUAAAUGUCCGGAACAGCCUUCAGGUGGGCAGUUUACGAGGCUGUGUGAGUGAUCAAGUCGCUGUUGUAUGCUCAACACAGAGCGGUUACGUCAGCAUGGACCCCAUCACAGGGAUCGCUGUUUGGAACACCACAUCCAUGAACGAUCCCUAUCUGCCUAUCAUGGACGUCUACGGCAACCUCAUCGGCACUGAUCAGAGUCAGAUGGUCUACGUGGAUAGAGAGGGGUUCGAGUCCACAUCUAUCAACAUAGCUGAUCUCAAACCAGCUUUCAGCGGAAUGUUGGCUAAUAACAGUGUGAUACUGCUGACGUCAUCAAACACUGACACUGUACAAGUUGUGACUUACAACACAGAUGGUGUGGUGUGUGGAGCUGUCUCCCUGACCGCAACUGUAGGUGAUGUCAAUGGCACGUUUCUACCCGUUGGACAUCCGAUCAUCGUUGGCUUUCGGGCUUAUGUCAUCACCCAGUUUGAGCCUAAUGUAACAAGUUCACAGGAACGAGAAACACACUGGAAUCUGUUUCGCCUAUACGCCUUCGACCUCUUGAACUACAUGACACUAAGAAUAAGAAUUGUCUGGUUCAUUGACAUACAAGGGGAUGCUGAUUCCAGACAUAAGAAAUGGAAUUCUGGGACAGCCAUAGACACAGACGUCAUGCCGCCCAUUGUUGCUUAUUUACAAGACAAAGUGUAUGUAAACAUCCCAUUUGUUUCGUCGUUGACAAAUCCUGUUCAGCCAUUGAUGGGUACGCUGUGGGGGAUCCUCGAUAACGGUGACACCGCUUCCUUUGUGUUCAAGACAAUCGUGCAGUUUGGACAAAUAGUUGUCUACAAUGUUAACUUGGAAGUAGAACAGCCUAGCCGGCAACCUAGGGCUGGGUACAAAACCAGGAAGAAUACGGAUCAAACUUUGUGGAUCUCAUCCAAAUAUUCAAACCUAAUAGGCGGCUACAGUUCCAGAAAUGGUAAUUUGAUUGGAUACAUAAAUACAACACGUUUGGCUAACAUUGACCAAAUAACAUCCAAACUGGCAAUAACUCGGCUUACACCGUCUUCCCUAGAAGAUAUACUCAUCUUUGGAGGAACAGACACAAACGGGUCUGCGCUUCUCGUCGCUAUUGAAACUGACUCCACGACAAAUGCUGCUCUUCUGUUGAAAACCAAACUCAGCGAUAAGAAUCACAAUGAAAAUAAUGUAACUUGGGAAGUUACCGGACAAAUAGUAAACUUUGCCCAGGCAGUUUCUGGUGUAGACGGAUCCACAGCCGCAUGGCAGGUUGGCCUCAUUGCAAUGGUCUGGGAAAACGGAACAGAGUUUAGCAAACUGCACGUAAAGGGAGUGUAUUGA